AUGGUUUCAGAGUCAGAGGAUGGUUUGGCCUCGCUUGGCUUGCCCCCUCUUCCACCUGCUUAUGCCAAUAUUCCAUCGAAUUCGACUACUGCUGCCCAACCACCGCAUUUUUAUUUAGGCAGUUCUUCCGGUGAUGGGACUUGUGACCAAUUUUUUACUGAAUUUGAACUCAAUUCAAAAGCUAAUGGCUAUACAGAAGCCCACUUUUCCGGAGGAGAAACAAAUGAAGCUGAAGAUACACAUGUCGAAAAAGGUUUAAGGAUUGACAUUAACAGUGAAGAAAUUCAACACAUCGUUGGCCUCCUUUCGGAGGAACAUCCUGAUGUUAGUGCUGAUGCUGCUGCGUACAUUUGCCACAUAACUUACAACAAUCCUGAAAUAAAAUCGAAAGUUGCGGAAGCUGACGCUAUUCAAGUCCUAUCAACGCUGAUUCUCUCUAAUGACUUGGAAAAAAAACUAGACGAUGCAUCAGUCAUAUCUAACAUACUUAUUGCUAUUGACGAGGCUACGGCCAAUGAUAUGUCAUCGAGUCAAGUUUUUGAAGCAAAAAAUACCAUUGAAGACAAAAUCCUUGAGUCUGCAACGGCAGCGCUUUGCAAUCUGGCGCUGUACCCUGAGUUCAAAGACAUAAUCAGCAGACAUGGGGUGCCUUGCCUCACCAAGUCCAUUAUUGUCCCUUAUUCGGGGGUUUCACGAAAGCAGACAUCUUCUGCUGAAAGCGAGGAGGCAUCGCCUGAAUAUGAACUGCCAGCAUUCAUUUACGCAACAGGAACAAUUAGAAACAUCUUAGAUGAUAACGCUGAAUGCCGGCAGCGGCUUCGAGAAACUACCGGUCUGGUGGCUGCUCUUAGUUACGUCUGUUCACAGUGUGUUGACAACUAUGAUUUUGACGGGAAAGCUUUGGAAAACUGCGUCUGCAUACUUCGAAAUCUGAGCUUCGCUCUGCAGGAAAUACGCGACCCCGCCUACUUGGUUCGUCGAGAAGCCGCCUAUUCGCGCGCUGCUACAACCCCCCUUCCAGAGAGAAAACUCGUCUUUAAGCAUCCACGAAUGAGUCCAAGGGGUCAGCAUAGGGGAAUAGAAAUAAACCUUAGAAAACAACCCGCGACGAAUAUUUGGAUGAGCGGAGGUCCUGAUUACUUGAGCAGACCGCCCUCGAACUUAGAAUCGAUUCAAGGGAGUCGGCUGCUCUGGGCGAAGGAGCUAGUAGAAAACUAUAUUUCAAUCCUUCGUCGGUCGACAAAUCUAAUCACCAUCGAGGCUGUUGCAGGAGCCAUUCAAAAUCUCACAGCUUGCGACUGGCAGCCCAGUGCUGAAGUCCGUGGCCACUUCCGAAAUGGUGAUAACGUCCUGGUUCUGGCGGCUCUCUUAAUCUCCGAGGCGGACAAUGUUGUCAUGACCACCGCGACAGCGCUGAGAAAUCUCGCCGAGGACAAGGAGAUGCGGAGUCUAGUUGCCCUUUAUGCAAUGCGCCUCCUAAUCGCCAGACUGCCUGUUUUGCAGCAUACUAGCGCUCAUGUUGAAGACACUGCGGCACUUACCCACGACAUUGUCAGUCUGAGUACCACGUCUGCGAUCCUUGCCACAAUUUACGUGCUGAUCAAAGAAGACUCGGAUCAGGCGUUACUUUUUCUCGACUGUGGAGGUGUACCACCGUGCUUGGCAAUCGCGCACACAGGUCUCUACGUGGAUCUAACCGACCCUGUGCCCUCCAAUCGCGACAAGACGGUCCGUUUCGCUCGUUUUCUACUCCAAGCCCUUUGGGCACACAGCACACUGCAGGAUCGCUUCAAGAAGGCCGGUUGGCAUGCCUCGCACUUCUGUGUUAACGAACCUGCCCUCAGAAGUGUCCUAAGACGGGCUCUUUCGCCGGCGAACCGACAUCUUCAAGAUGCACGCGAAGGCGCCGAGAUCAUGAAGCCUGAGACUACUGGUGAACAAGUAAUCCUCGGUCCCAUCAACGAACAGGGGCAAAUUGACCAUGAGAAUGAAAGGAGGAUUGAAUAUCCUAGCGAAGAUUUUAAAGAAAGCAGCCUACUUCCUGCCGUAAGUGCAAAUUCUUUUCAACCCGACCCCACCAGUGGACGCCCCCUAGAAAAUGAAGCCCACUUAGGAAUUCAUCCUCCUCGGCUUGCAGCCUCAGCUAUCGACGUCAAAAACGUUAAUGCUUCGGCUCAACCACCUAAACAGGGCUAUCUGUCACAGCUAAAUAUAUUAAUAUUUCAUUCGUUACUCCAGCCUGAAGUUAUUGCUGUUCAUCCAAGUCCGAAAAGAGGGAAGCUACCGGAGAGAGCGGUCAGCCCUUUCUUGCAGAAAUCGGUAUCAAACCUUGACGUUUCUUCACUGGAAAAGACAGCCAGGACAACAGGAGCUACCAGCGAGUCCAGCCAGAAGCACAAACAGGCGUGCGCAGCAGAAAAUCAGCUGUCCAGCCCGGCCAACAAUGGAGAAACCGCUACCCCCCACCCAGUUCCCUCUCCCACCCGCCAUUAUACCCGCUUCACCCACCGUGACGCCUCCAUCGGCACCCAAGGGGAACAGGUCAAGGCCAGCGCCACCCACCCCCAAGCCAAGGACGAGGCACUUCGAGUCGACUAUGGAAGGCCACCGCGGUCAUGCCUCAAGACCAACAUCAGUGAGCCUGUCGCAAAGCCAGUUGUUCAGAUUUACCGCUCCGCCCUUGCGAUCGCCGGUGAGUUUUGGCUUUUUCUCCCAUUUUAUUCCUGA